AUGGGUUUUUUCAUUCUCAUUCUCACUUUCACAAACACCUCAACACCUCUCCCUCUUGCCAUCGUACACAGGUCGGAUUUUUUUGAAAAAUUUAGAGGUGUCUGUGGACAAUUUUUUGUUUAUCUUUUGUGGGUGGGUGUUAGAUUUGGGAGUAAAUGCAUGGACGGAAGGGACGGAAUCCCUUCGUUUUAUCUGAAUAGAGGGUUUCGUGGGUCGGGUUCUAAUGUCGGGUCGGGUAAUCAAGGUGGAGGGUUCCAUGCCCCUCCACCUGGUUUCAAAACUCAAUUAAACCCUACUUUAUCUCCUCAUAACCAUACCCAAAUCAGGGUAGCUCCUCCUUCAAUGGGUCCUUCGUUCCAUUUGGAACACAACCCACCUCCUAGUUUCCCUCAUAGCCUUAACAUCGGCGGCGGUGGUGGUGGCGGUGGCAGUGGUGGGACUGAUGACGGUGGUGUUGCAGUCUCCAUCCCCAUUCCCACCCCUGGAAGUGGAAGUGGGAGCGACUCUGUUAUGAAGAAAAAACGAGGGAGACCAAGAAAGUAUGCCCCUGAUGCCUCCAAUACGGCGUUGGCACUACUAAAGCCUGUACCUCAGGCCACUUCGCCGGAUCAAAACACACCGGGGACACAGAAGAAGAGGGGGAGGCCUCCUGGCAGUGGAAGGAAGCAGCAGCUUGCAAAUUGUGGCGAAUGGAUGCAUAAUUCGGCUGGAUCGGCUUUCACGCCUCACAUAAUCCACAUAUCAAUAGGAGAAGAUGUUGCGGAAAAGAUAUUAUCAUUUGCACAACAAAGGCAAAGGGCUCUAUGCAUCUUGUCAGGCAACGGGUCCGUUUCCACCGUCACAUUACGCCAACUUACAUCUUCCGGUGGCACUGUGACUUAUGAGGGUCGUUUUGAGAUAUUAUGCUUAUCGGGUUCAUAUCUGCUGGCGGAAACUGGUAGCCCCCGCAACCGGACUGGCGGUCUUAGUAUUUCUCUUUGUAACUCCGAAGGUCAAGUGAUUGGCGGUGCAAUUGGCGGCAAACUUACCGCCUCCACCUUGGUUCAGGUGGUGGUUUGUAGUUUCGUGUAUGGUGGUGGAGAUAAUUCGAAGGCAAAGGCCGCCAUUGAGCCGCCGCUAUCGGGUGAUGAAAAGAGCCCCGGAGUUCAACUCAACUAGAAGUGUCGACAUCUCCCUUCAUGUUCAUGUUCUCAUGUUCGUGUAUCAUAUGUAGAUGAUUGACGAUGGGUUCUCUGUUAAUUUGUAACAAAAAAAGUCGACAUCUUUAUGGUUUAUUUUAGUUGUAGAACUUUUUUAUUUUUUAUUUUUCAGUAAUCUUGAGUUGCACAUUUGCCCAUCUGUAGCUAGCUAGGAUCAUUUGGUGAACUGGGAUCUGAAAGUUUCUGGAUUAAUUUUAUUUUUCUUAGUGUUUUCGUGGAA